UUCUAACUGAAUCCUAUUGAACAAAAAACAUCUUAUUUAUUUUUCAGAUGAAAAAAUGUCGGAUAGCGACGAAGAAGAACUUUUUACAUCAAGAUCUACUUCAGCUCAAAACUGGACUCCCAGAAAAGUGAUCUUACUAACAGGUCUUGCUGCUAUUGGUGGAUUUCUAUUUGGAUAUGAUACUGGUGUUGUCUCAGGAGCAUUUAUUCUCGUAAGAAGGGAUAUGUCUCUGUCUGACACGUGGCAGGAGGUUCUAGUUUCCGGUACUCUGGUCUCAGCUUUUCUAACCGCUCUAACCACUGGAACUAUAGCAGACAAGUUUGGGCGUCGGCCGACAAUUUUGUUGGGCAGUUUUAACUUUGCAAUAGGGUCCUUGGUGAUGGCAGUUGCUUCAGGAAAGGAGAUCUUAUUGGUUGGACGGUUACUAGUUGGAGUAGGUGUAGGACUAGCCAGCACUACAGUUCCUUUGUACAUAGGUGAAACGAGUACUCCUUCUCUAAGAGGUGCUCUUGUGACACUAAACACCUUGGCUAUUGUGUUUGGGCAGCUGGUUGCCAGCGUGUUAUGCGGUGUCCUGGUCGAUAUUGAGGAGGGUUGGAGAUAUAUGCUUGGAUUAGCCUUGGUACCUGCUGUAAUUCAACUCAUAGGCUUCUUUUUUAUGCCUGAAUCCCCAAGGUUUCUAGUAAGACAGGGUAAAUACACAGAAGCCCAGGAGGUUUUGAUCUCCAUUAGAAACCCUUAUCAUCAAAUUCAGGAGGAGUUUGAAGAUAUCAAAGUGGACUGCAGCAGAGAAUCUGGUUCCUUGUCAAUGCUUGGAUUCCUUAAAUCUCUACCGGUUGACUCUAUUGCAAGAAAAGCUUUAUUUCUUGGUUGUCUUCUGCAGUUUUGCCAGCAAUUGGCAGGUAUUAAUACUGUAAUGUACUACGCGGCAUCUAUCAUAAAAAUGGCGGGAGCAUCAAACCAAAUGGCGGUCUGGUUCUCAGCUGUUACUGCCGCAAUCAAUUUUCUAUUUACCAUUUUGGGCCUUAAGCUGGUUCACAUCAUGACAAGACGACGUUUGUUGUUUGUGAGUAUGUGCUGUGUUAUUGUGUCACUUCUGAUAAUAUCAACCAGUUUUCUGUACAUGGGAGACAUCAAGAUGCCAAAUCAAACUUUAGGUUUGUCAAUAGCAAAUGAAUCUCUGGCAAAUGAUUUUAUUGAAGAAGCCUCAACUGAUGAUACAUCUGUGACUGGUCCUGUCCUUAUACUGGUGUCCCUAUCCCUAUAUCUAAUAUCCUUUGCUCCAGGGUUGGGACCCCUGCCCUGGACAAUAAAUAGUGAAAUUCAUCCUGGAUACUGCAGAGCACAAGCCCAAAGUUUAUCUACGAGCAGUAAUUGGUUAGGAAAUCUGCUGGUUUCCUUCACAUUCCUUAGGUAA